UGUCAGACAAAUCCUUCCCCUUCACAUCAUAUAAAAGCUGAUACCCACCUAGGAAAAACUAUGUGAGCUGGACAGGAGCUCUCUUUCCUAAGAGUUAUAUUUUGCCAUUCAGUUUGGAACAAGUACAAGCGAUGGCUGCUUCAUCCAUACUUGGUAUCCUUCUGGCAAUGGCCUGUGUUCUUCUCCCAUUAUGUGAAGCCCAAGCAAGCUGCAGUGAGCGAUGUGGAGAAUCAUACUACAGGGGUCAUAUCUGCCAUUGUGACUACAAUUGCCUCAUUCACAACGAAUGCUGCAAGGACUAUGAAUCCAUGUGCACUACAAGUGAUUCAUGUAAAGGACGCUGUGGUGAAUCCUUCAGGAGGGGUAGGCCUUGCAGCUGUGAUUCUGACUGCGUUCAGUAUAACCAGUGCUGUCCUGAUUAUGAAAAUCAUUGUGGUAGAGAUUCACUAAAGAGCAAACCCAUCAAGGAGCCGUCAGAUGUGACUCAGAGCCCUGUCAGCACUAAGAAUGAGGACAUUAACCAAGAUCUAUCAGAGAGUCUUCUCAUUCCCCUGUCCACCCCUGCUGAACCCAUACAGCAGACACUGGAAAUACAGAGAGAUGAGGGCAUAGAUCAGACGCUGCAUCAGGUUCCAGCUCCAACGAUUGAAACUGCUGAUCCGGUGUCAACUCUGAGCCCGGAGAGCAUGAGUGGACAAGAACCCUUACUGAUCAACACAACCGAGGACAUGCCCACACCUGGUGAUGCUGAGACAACUCCAGACCCCACACUGCCCAGCCUAGAAACACCUACGUCACAGGGAGAGCCAGACGCAUUUGCAGAGGAGAUCCACACACCGGUCCCUGAAGAGCAGUUGCUGCCAUCCAACCCCACUGGAACUCCUACUGUGGAUGAAAGCAACGAUAUCUCCGUUGCAACACCAGCAAUACCAGCCAGUGAGCCUCCCAUUGAGAUAACAGACAAUACUGCUACUGCUACUUCAUCAACUUCUGGAGGCCAGACAGAUUCUAACAGCAGUCUAUCAUCUUCCGUGAUGCCAGUAACAGCACCUAAUGGAUUCUUGACCCCUCAGCCUACCGCUGAGUCUAUGCAAGAUCUUGCUGAGACGAUGAACCCCAACACAUCUUCAACCAGAGAGGAUGAAGAAAUCUCCCCUGUGGGUUCUGAAACCACCACUCAGAUCGCUGAAGCCCCAGAACCCCAGACCACAGCCACCACCUCUGAAGCAGACACACCUGCCCCCACUGGUUCAGGAGAGGGCACACCCUCAGUUAGCCAGAGUUUAGAUGCAUCUGCUGCCCCUGGCCUUACAGAGAGUGCACCAUCAGUCAGUCAGGAUACAGACAAGCCUGCUGCUACUGCAGACAGUUCACCAUCAGUCAGUCAGGACACAGAUAUACCUUCCUCUACUGGUUUUGCAGACAGGUUAUUGCCUACAAAUAUGCCUGAGCUGGUCUCUGCAGACAGCACCACCCCGGCCUCACUUGAUGAGACUUCUGCAGCGGCUGGCACUCCCUCCCUGAGUAUGGAGGCAGAUGAACCAAAGGUAGAGGGUGAUGCCUCCACCAGCUCCCCCCCUCAGGUUAGCCUGUCCGUCACUCCGCAGGCCGAGACAGAGGCUCAGUCUGGCCCGGCGUCUCCUGGCGCGACAACGGGAGCUGACACACCGUCUGCAGGCAAUGACAUCACCAGCGCUGCUCAGCCUGGGGGCUCAACAUCUGGGCAAGCCACUGAGCUGCCACCCACACCUGCUGGUGAAGCUCAGGACUCUGACACGCAGGCCACCCUCUCAGGCAAUACCCCCAGCGCCCCACUAAAGCCCAGUCUCCCCUCAGCAUGGCCUUCCAAGAAGCCCAGACCCAGCACUCUAACAGACAUUGCUGAGGCACUGGCCACCAACAGCCCCAGUGACCAUUUAGCAGAUGACAACAAUGACACGAAUCUGUGCAGUGGCAGGCCCAUCAAUGGGUUAACCACGCUUCGGAACGGAACAGUUGUUGUGUUCCGAGGACACUAUUUCUGGGUGUUGGAUGCCAACAGGGUGCCUGGCCCAGCCCGUGGUAUCACAGAUGUGUGGGGCAUUCCUUCACCCAUUGACACAGUCUUUACUCGUUGCAACUGCCAGGGAAAGACCUACUUCUUCAAGGGAAAUAAUUACUGGAGAUUUGAAAAUGAUGUGAUGGAUCCGAAUUAUCCCAAACCCAUCUCUGGAGGCUUCAGCGGACUGGCUGGGAAGAUCACAGCUGCUCUGUCUGUGCCUGCUACCGACAGGAGGCGCCAAGAAUCUGUGUAUUUCUUCAAAAGAGGUGGCCUGGUACAAAAAUACACUUAUCUGCAUGGGACUAACCCAACCUGCAGCAACAGAGUCAAGCACAUAGUCUAUGCUGUAAGGACCCGGACGGCCAGGCAAGCAGCACCUUCCCAGAUGAGCCUUAGUAAAGAGAUUAACAUUAGGCUCACAUGGAGGGGAUUCCCUUCUGUGGUGACGUCCGCAGUGUCCAUACCCAGCCCAAGGAAACCAGACGGAUACGACUAUUACAUCUUCUCAAAGACCAAAUACUACAAUAUCAAGAUGGACGACGAGCAACCAGCUCUGGUCACUCCACUGAGCCAGACCUCACAGCAGAACUCCGCUAAGAACUGGUUCAAGUGUCCGUAAAACGUCUCUCCCUGAAGAAUGAUUGCACUCAGGACACCAAAAAUCUUCACAAAAUUUAUUAAUAAAAAGAAACAUUGCUUCAUAAGGACUGAUGUACG